CUUCGCUCUAAAGCCGCGUGCGGCGGCGGUGCGGCACCACUCCGUGCACACGCGGGCGGACAGAGAGCUCAGCCGCUUUCUCUCUCUCCCCCUCCCUCUCUCGGACUUUCUCUCCACAACGCCAGUUGCCUUGCGUGUACACCGCUGAGUGACUUUGCACGAGACUCGCUCUCCUGUGGUCAAGGCUCCAACCUCGCCACCGUCACGCACGUGGAGACAGCAAUGUAGAAGUGGCUGGACGCUGGUGACCGGACGCCGCUCGUGCCCUCCUUCGCUAUGGAGCACCCAGCCCUGCUGGGAACAGCUCCAGCCGUGACCAUGGAGGCCUCGCCAUCCCCCUCCGCGGAAGACUACGCCUACUACAAAAUAACCAACACGAUGUACCUGUACUCCAACCCGCUGGUGAUCCUGGCUCACUACAACUACACGGGCAAGCUGAACAACCGCGACAAGCGCGACCGUGCCGUGACCACCACCGGCAUCGUCGCCAUCGUCGUGUGCUGCGUCAUCAUCGUCGAGAACCUCGUGGUCCUGCUCACCUUCUGGCGGAACCGCAAGUUCCACACGCCCACCUACUACUUCCUCGCCAACCUGGCCUGCUCCGACUUGCUGGCGGCCGCCGCCUACGUGGCCAACAUUUCGCUCUCGGGCCCCAACACUUUCACGAUGACGCCGACGGCGUGGUUCGCGCGCGAGGGCGUCAUCUUCGUGGCGCUCGCCGCCUCCGUGUUCAGCUUCCUGGCCAUCGCCGUGGAGCGCCACCUCAUCAUGGCGCGACGGCGCCUGGCCCCGGCCAUCCCGGGCCGACGCCGCGUGCGCGCCUGCCUGCUCAUCGCGUUGUGCUGGGCGCUGGCCCUGCUGCUCGGCUCGCUACCCAGCCUCGGCUGGAACUGCCUGCGCGCGCUGCAGCAGUGCUCCGUGGUGCUGCCGCUCUACUCGCGGCGCUUCCUCGCGUUCUGCGUCACGCUCUACACGCUCGUGCUGGCCGGCAUCGUCACGCUGUACGCGCGCGUCUACGCCGCCGUGCGGCGCAGCGGCCGCAGGGUCGGCGGCAACGGCAACGGCGGCGGCGGAGGGACUCGCAAGGCCACCCCGGGCACGUCGCGCCGUUCGGUGCUGCUGCUCAAGACGGUCUUCAUCGUGGUGGGCGUCUUCAUCGCGUGCUGGACGCCGCUCUUCGGGCUGCUGCUGGCCGACGUCGCGUGCGGCACGUUGCGGCGCGGCCUGAGCUGCAGCGCCGCCGCCACCUCGGCCGCCAACUGGCUCAUCCCGCUCGCCGUGCUCAACUCGGGCAUGAACCCGCUCAUCUACGCCGCGUCCAGCCGCGACAUGCGCCGCGCCUUUGCCCGCCUGCUGUGCUGCUGUUGCGCCCGCGGCCGCCUCGGGGCGGGCGAGUCGGCGGCCAACGCCACGCGCUCCCGCUCCAGCGCGUCCUCCGGCGGCAGGCCCACCGCCACGGCCACCAACGAGCGGGACCUGACGAGCCCGGACGGGGGCGGGGGCGGCCACACGCCACCCAACUCCAUCAAGGCGCUGCUGCUGUCGCCCGGCCUGGAGCAGCCGCCCAUCACCGUCAAGAGCCAGCCGCCCCCGCCGUCCUAACGCGCGCCCGGCUCGCGCGCGCCGGACUCGAGCGCGGCGCUUGGCCUCUGCGGGGACUUGGCUCCGUCCGCAGGCCCAGGAGGGGUAUCGGGGGGGAGGUGCCGUCAGUUCCAUCCCGAGAGGCGCAUUUCGCCAAUGUGGUCAUGGCGAUGUCAGCCGACUCCACGCAGAAAUGUGACGUUUGUUGGGCCGAGAAGAGGAAGAAGUCGAAGUUGACCAUGCAGUCGCGUUGCUGGGAACUUCCCAGCUCGAGAGAGAGAGAAGUCGUGUUUCGUCUUUGCAACAAUUGAUCUGCCCCCACAAUUGCCCCAAUCCACAAAACGCAGUCCUCUGAGAUGAACGCGGCGGUUUGAAACAGUAUCAACGUGAUGACUUUAGUAAAUAUAUUCUGGCAUCUUUUUGAUUGUCAUGCAAGGGCACUUAAACUUAGCACAUUUUUUUGAAAAUACUCUACUGUACAUAUUUUUUAAAGCAACUUACUAUUAGUUGAUGAUUGGUACAGACAAAUAUGUUCUGUAUGCUUGGACAACCACUAAGACAGACUGCACAACAAGACUCAAGUUCAGUUGUUCAUUAUAGUUUACACUAAUAUUUGUGCUAUCGGGAAUUGUGAAGUGUUCGUGAGGAUGUCCAUGGCUGAGAGAACCUGGUCACGUGAGGAGCAUUGGAAGAGUCUUUUUUGCAAGAUGCGACACCUAAACACAUCACAGCUUCAAGAGGACACAUCAAAUUUGGUCUCUUUCCAGUUACAGCAGCAGAGUUGAGUUGGAAGUAGAUAAAAGAGACUUCAUUGCAUCUUGUAACUGAACGCUACACUUCAUUGCAAGCGCUUAUGUUUACAGUAUUUUUCUUGUAAAGAUUAAGACUUUCUUUUUUAUAAUUGUUGUUUUUCACAUGUUGCCCAUUUUUACGUUAAUGUAACAUGAAGAGCAUUAAAGGGAACGGUUAUGAUGACAGCCAGGCCUCGAUUGACAUCGCCCUGGGCACUAAGCGUCUCCCUGCAGAGCCUGCAGGCCCCUAACGCUGCACUGGCUUCUGGGUAAGAGGGAGCUGAUAGACGUCACUCACUCGGUAUCGUCUCAGCUGCAGUUGCCACCUGUCCUGCUUUUUUCCCAGGAUCGUCCUCUUUUUGUGUAUGUACGUUGAAUUUCUUUCGCACCGUACAUAGCCAACCGUGCUAAUCGGAGGUGCGGGGGAAGGACAACAAACUAAACACAAAAAGCAGUUUUAAAGAAAUGAGUUUUCAAUCUAGAUGUAAAAGUGCAUAACUCCAGUGGCUUCCUCAUUUUUGAAGCAGCUGCCCUGCCAAGUGCAUCAUACACCACUCAAGACGAUGCAUUUCCAAGUCAUUCUCUCCUCUCCUAGUAUUGGAAUAUUUUUCUGUCCGUAUGUCCUGCUUUUUUUUGUAAUUCAGAGAUGGCAGAUCUAGUCUCGGUGCGGUCCUGUUUGGCCCAAACAUGGUCAGGAGGAGUGGAGGCUCAAAGCCGCCCUGCUAUGGACCCCGAGUAUAACCGGGCAGCGAACCACAGUGAGUGUGCGAUGUAACAAUCACGGCCCGACCUUGUUACAAGUGGACGAUUGGACGAGGAGAGGAUGACGAGACGCAGAAAUUGAACGUAAUACCACUUACGAUGAUGAUGGUGGGAAUGCACGUACAUUUCCAAAAAACAGGCACAAUACUUGUUUUAGUUAGGUGGGCGGACACGAGGUGGAUCAUUUAAAUGUUUUUGUCAUUAAGUCCAGGUGCUGAGGGAUAAAUUGAGCUUUCAAGAGAUUGGUGCCUCUUUCUGGAAAUGCGAUGCGAGGAAUGGUCAAAACGUAUUAAGGACAACACUGCCGACAUGCUGGAAUCAGAGUCCAGCCAGCCAGCUGAGAUAAACCCAUGAUCUCAUCAUGUGUAAUGAGUCGGUGGCAUCUGCCCAGGAACCAAAUUACAACACAAAAAUAGCCUAUCGUAUACAAUUUGGUUUUGCACUUAAUGUGGCGUAACGUGGUUUCCAAGGCUUCGUGUCCACAUUCUUCCAUGAUGGAAAGAAACCUCGUGGCUUUUUCGCACAGUCCAAGAGUAGAGCCUCUUUUGGUUCAGGAAGAUGAGACACUUCAAGUAAAUCAGGCCAAGGCUUCUUUAUUUCGGUCGAGGGUUUUUCCACGAAUGGUAUUGUGGCUGCACAAUCGUAGGAAGUCUUAGGGUGAGAAUUUCCAUCACUUUGUGUGCCUACGUGCUAAUAGUACAAUUUUAGGAUGUAAUUAUUGAAAAAAGCAAUUUUGGAAACCGAAUUUAAACAAUGAACCCGCAAAUAGUUGUAAUGUUAUUCUCAAACUCCUGUGGCCAUUUCUGAAUGGGCAUCAUAUUUCUCGCUUUGUAUUUUGAAUGCAAGGACAAAUGCUAUUGAGAUGUUACUGUAUCAUUAUUAAGCUAACACAAAACUGCAGACAGAAGGAUUUUAUAUGCUUUAAUGUGUUUAGCAUGUUUUAAUGAGAAACAUCUGUUCCGUGGAAAAUAAAAUAAGAAAAACCGUGCUUUUGUAGAAAUGCGUGUAUUCAAAACAGACUUCGUGGAAAUUAGUUUUUUGACCCGAAACAAAGUUAGGUUGUAAUUGUUUUCCCGCAUCACAGCAUUUAACCAGUAAUGCCGAGACAUCUUGAUUUGAGACCUUAUCCGUUUGAUGCAUAAGGAUACAUUGUAAUCAGUGAAUUACUGCCACAUGCCAAAUUGUGAGGACUUCACUUCAAAUCACAGUCACGCCCUGCCUGUCUCAUCACGGUCGGCUUGUGAGACAUCUCAAGUCGAUGUCCUGUGGAGGGCACCUUUCAAGUUCACUACCGCCCAACACCGGCGUAACAUCGUGCAACACGCAUUAAGUUGACGGUAGUAUGGACGUAAAUUUUAACGAUAUUUAUUGCUGCAUUUAUUUAAAAUUGUAUAUUUUUACAAACUUAUUGAGUUGAAACCAUGUACUAUUAAAAUAAACAGAUUGAUUUUGUAUUUUAUAUACAAUCCUAUUAUACACUUUGUUUGGUCAGAAUGUUUUGACACCAGAUUAUUCAAAUGAUCAAUAACUUAAUUGAACCUAUUCUUAUCCUCUAUGUGACUGAUCACGAGUUACAUUAUGGACUUCAAAAUAUCCCCGAGACAUUACGUGGGCAAAGCAAGUAUUUAGUAUCGCAUUAAACUUCAGUUUUGACAUCUUGGUAUCACAGAAUAUCCCCACAACUAUUUGUAAAAGCAUUAAUGUUGUCGUGUUAUUAAGCAAAAAUACAGUGUCAAUGUUCUUAAAAUCUUCUGUCUGCAGUUUUGAUCUUAUGUUCAGUUUGCACAUGACUUGUACGAUAGGACCUGCUAAGUUUAUGUAAAUAUUCACACGUGCAAGGUUCACUUAAGACAACAGGAGCACGUAUGAUAUUGAAUCGAGGGUAGAUUUCGUCGGUGCAGUGUGAUCGAUCUCCGUCAUAAUAACCUUUGUGGAUUUUUCAAUGCGUACAAUUACUCUAAAUGUUGGAUUUGAGCACCAAAUCUUUCCCGUUUGUUAAGGGAUUCCUACCAUCAGCAGAGCCUUGUGUAGAACAGCAGGAUAGCCCAGACAUGCCACACACAACAACCACCACCACCAAGGGUUUCUUCAAAAGCCUCUCUCGGCAUAAGAACCAGAAUGCACUGCUCAACUCAUCGGAGCGGUUAGUCACGUGCCUCACAUUGACUCAUAUUCCAUUUUAUUCUUCAGAGAUAAAUUGCUAUAAAGCUGGAUUAGGUCAAAUGUAAGUGACAUGUUUACCUUGGUGACCAAGCUGGGGCCAGAAGCUUAAUGGCCUGAGAACCUGGUAUAAUAGCGGCAACGUGGCAAUUUGGUUAAGUUAGAAAAAUAAUAAUUUGGAUAUAAGCUCUUAGCCCAUUUGAGUCAUGCGACUAGGUAGACCUUGUGACUUUGAAGUUGUUCUGUCCAGUGUAGAGAGUUGAUUUUACACAUUUUAAUAAGUCGACGGUGUAGGUUUGCGCUCAUUGCGGUCGGCAAUCACAAAGCCGUACUUUGUCGUCUUUUCUAUUCAAUGUACAUUCAAUUAAAAAAUGCCUUGGUUUGAA